CCUUCUCCUCCUCCUCCUCCUCCUCCUCCUCCUCCUCCUCCUCCUCGCUGCCCACCGGCCUGCGGCACCCCUCGGCGGCCUCCGGCCCCACCAGCGCACAGACAAUGACUUCAUGCGGAUUAUGCAUCUGAAGAAAUCACCAGCUCCCAGAUAGCCACAGGGGGAGGUAUCCAUGUGUUUGGCAGGGAAGCAGCCUCCUGCUCGCCUCCCUUCUCCCCCUCUUUUCUCCUCGCACCCAUCAGCUGCCUCCUCUCCGGCGAUGGUCGCCUCCGGUCCCCCCGCGCGGCGCUGAGCGAGGCCCCAGCGCAUCCCCGCUCCCACGCUUGCACCAAGGUACCACCGAGGCUAUUUUUAUUCCCCCCCCCCGUCUUCUUUUCCGGUUCGCCCGCCGCUGCCGGGCUCGGUGCUGCUGCUCGCACCCUCCGUGCCUGCGCCUCUCCCGCUCCCAUCUCCCCAGCCAGCAGCGAGCGGUGGAAGGAGCGGUGGAGGAGGCUCGUCCCAGCCCCGGCACCUGCGUCGCAGCAGCGGCAGCCACGGAGCAGAGCCAGCCCAGCUCCGGCCCCGGCCGCCAGCCCUGACUCCAGAGUGGCAACCCCAGGGUGCCGGCGCGGACCAUGAUGGACCUGAAGGUGGACGAGGAAGAGGUGGACAGCGGGCAGCCGGUGAGCAUCCAGGCCUUCGCCAGCAGCUCCACCCUCCACGGGCUCUCGCACAUCUUCUCGUACGAGCGGCUGUCGCUGAAGCGCGUGGUCUGGGCGCUCUGCUUCCUGGGCUCGCUGGCGCUGCUCGCCCUCGUCUGCACCAACCGCAUCCAGUACUACUUCCUCUACCCGCACGUCACCAAGCUGGACGAGGUGGCCGCCACCAGGCUCACCUUCCCCGCCGUCACCUUCUGCAACCUCAACGAGUUUCGCUUCAGCCGGGUGACCAAGAACGACCUGUACCACGCCGGCGAGCUCCUCGCCCUGCUCAAUAACAGAUACGAGAUCCCGGACACCCAGACGGCCGACGAGAAGCAGCUGGAAAUCCUGCAGGACAAGGCAAACUUCCGAAACUUCAAGCCCAAACCUUUCAACAUGCUGGAGUUUUAUGACCGGGCUGGCCACGACAUCCGGGAGAUGUUGCUGUCCUGCUUCUUCCGCGGGGAGCAGUGCACCCCCGAAGACUUCAAAGUGGUCUUCACGCGCUACGGGAAGUGCUACACCUUCAACGCGGGGCAGGACGGGAAGCCCCGGCUCAUCACCAUGAAGGGGGGCACCGGCAACGGCCUGGAGAUCAUGCUGGACAUUCAGCAGGAUGAGUACCUGCCGGUGUGGGGGGAAACAGACGAGACCUCGUUCGAAGCCGGGAUCAAGGUGCAGAUCCACAGCCAGGACGAGCCCCCGCUGAUCGACCAGCUGGGCUUCGGGGUGGCGCCCGGCUUCCAGACCUUCGUGUCCUGCCAGGAGCAGCGGCUCAUCUACCUGCCACCUCCCUGGGGCGACUGCAAGGCCGUGGCGGGCGACUCGGAGUUUUACGACACCUACAGCAUCACCGCCUGCCGCAUCGACUGCGAGACCCGCUACCUGGUGGAGAACUGCAACUGCCGCAUGGUGCACAUGCCGGGCGAUGCCCCUUACUGCACCCCGGAGCAGUACAAGGAGUGCGCGGACCCGGCCUUAGAUUUCCUGGUGGAGAAGGACAACGAGUACUGCGUCUGCGAGAUGCCCUGCAACGUGACCCGCUACGGCAAAGAGCUCUCCAUGGUGAAAAUCCCCAGCAAGGCCUCUGCCAAGUACCUGGCCAAGAAGUACAACAAGUCGGAGCAGUACAUCGGGGAGAACAUCCUGGUGCUGGACAUCUUCUUUGAAGCCUUGAACUAUGAGACGAUCGAGCAGAAGAAGGCGUACGAGGUGGCCGGCUUGCUGGGUGACAUUGGAGGGCAGAUGGGGCUCUUCAUCGGGGCCAGCAUCCUCACCGUGCUGGAGCUGUUUGACUACGCUUAUGAGGUGAUAAAGCACCGGCUGUGCCGGCGGGGCAAGUGCCGCAAGAACCACAAGAGGAACAACACGGACAAGGGCGUCGCGCUGAGCAUGGACGACGUGAAACGCCACAAUCCCUGUGAAAGCAUACGGGGCCACCCGGCAGGCAUGACGUACGCAGCAAAUAUCCUACCUCAUCACCCGGCCCGGGGCACCUUUGAGGACUUCACCUGCUAACUGACGUCUGGAUGUACAACCUGAGCUACCAAAGCCCUCCGGAGAGCUGCCCUUCUCCCUGCGAGCGCCAGCGGAGAGACACACCAAGGGGACCUUGCUCCUCGCCACAGUGGGACAUGGACAAGAGCGACGGCCUCGGAUUUCGGGGCAGGCGGUCGGGUCGGGCCACGCUCGAACCUGGCAUGCAGCCUCCGCGGCAGCUGCUCCGUGCCUGCCCCGUUAGCUCAGAGACUCGAGGACGCUCCAGCCCAGCCAUCCUCGCGGCGCGGGGAGCGACACGCACAGCGGGCUGGGGCACGGGCCUUCCCCGUCUCCUCCCCUUCGGCUCCCCUCAGCCUUUUUAACUAGAAACCCAGAAGCCAAGAAGAAGCAGCCAUUCGGCCGCACAGUCUCCAUCCACAGCCCUGUCCGUCUGUCCAUCCGUCGUCUCCAUGCCCAUUUUGCUCCCACGCCUCGGCCGGCGCUUGCCGGUGGCCCUGUGCCCGGCGGGAGGGAUCGCCGCGGAGCCCUGCAGCGUGUCCAGCGGGCACGGCCGCGGGUUCAUCGGCCCCAGCAGAGCCUUGCUGCCCCCUGGGACCACGGUGGCCCGCAGCCCACCCUCACCACGGCCCUGUCUGCGCACCCCCGGCCGUUCCACAUGCACAAAGACGGGGCAGCUCCACCUCUCCAAAACGUCUUCCUCGGCCACCUGCCCUGGGGACGGCGGUGCCUGGCCGCUGAGCUCGCCGGUGGCUGCAAGCGCCGUGGAGGACCCAGCCUGGGGGUGCCACCUUGGCAUCGAAGACCCCGCUGCCCAGUCGCUCUGCCUCGGCUGUGUCAUGGGGUGGUCUCCCUGCCUGUCUCUCCUGGGCUUUGCCCCGCAGUCCCUUGUGUCCCCAGGGAACCUGGAGCUACCCCGUGCGGCCCCAAAAACAGCCAUCCUUGGGGAGAAAGGCAUGAGGAAAGCUCCUGGCCCCCAGUUCGGCUGCAGCCACUGGCCUGGCUCAGCUUGGGGCGCAAGGCGGAGCCCCUCAGCACCGCUUCAGCCAGGCGGGCAUGGGAGCCCCAACACCGAAAGGGUUUGGAGGUUUAAGGGACACCCCAUAGCACAGGGUGCUCUGGUCCGCGGGACCGCAGGCUCCCACCCCGCCCCAACAGCAGCCACCCCCGGGGGCCACAAGCCCCGGGCACCUUUGGGGCGCCUGCCAGCUCGCCGCCUGGGACCCCCGCUGCUCCUCCCGUCACUGCCCCUUCCCAGCAGCGGGGGCCGGCCGGCCGGCUCUGGCCGAGUCUCCGCUCCCCAGGCCCGCGAGCGCACGGCCACUUGGCUCCAGGGUCAGUGGCAAUCAGCCUCCCCCAGCCCCUGCCAGCCCCCAGGCCCCCUCGCAUCAAGCAAAAGCCCUCCCGGGGCUGAAGUGCUACUUAUCUUCAAGAGCUUUUGCAAUAAGUCUUUUUAGUAAUUAUUAUUUCU